AUGUCCGCAUUAACCAUCGUCCUAACCACCCAAUACCCAGUCCCCGUCCUGAAACAAGCCUACACCCUCCUCACCCCCCUCCUCACCACCCUCCUAGAAACCGACACCGAGCUCGCCCUGAUCAUCAGCCGCCUCCGUCCAAAGCCCACAAACAACGAGCACGCCCUCCUCUUCUACAAAAGCAUCCUCUUCCGCCGCGAGCUCUUCGCCCUGUGGACAGCCCUCCACGACGAAUACGACAUGCCGCUUUCCGACAUCUCCGGGAUAAACAAGCUCUUCAUCGACCGGGAACGCCAGCACACCGACUCCAGACUCAAGAAUCUCGACUUAGAUCUGGUGGAUAGUUAUGAGCAUUGGCAGGAUGUGAGGAUGGGGAAGAGGGAGAGUGGUGAGGGUUUGGGACCGGAGGAUAUGGGUAUUGAUCUGACCAUAGUCAAGCAUGCUUUUUGUUUGUAUGAGGGGGAGAUGGAGGUGCAGAUUGGGAAUGUUCUUGCGGCGUAUGCUUCUGCUUUUGCUAUCUAG